GUGACGUGGUGGACAUCUACCAGCGGGAGUUUCUCGCCCUCCGGGACCGACUGCACGCAGCCGAGCAGGAGAGCCUGAAGCGCUCGAAGGAGCUCAACCUGGUCCUGGAGGAGAUCAAGAGAGCGAUCUCGGAGAAGCAAGCCCUGCGGGAUAUAAACCGGACCUGGAGCAGCUUAUCUGACGAAACCAAGUUAAAACUGUGGAAUAUCACCAACAAGAAUGUGCUGCACCUUCCCACCAUCUUCCAUCAUUUGCCACAUUUGCUGUCAAAGGAGAACAGUCUGCAGCCAGCCGUGCAUGUGGGACAGGGGCGCACUGGAGUGUCCAUGGUGAUGGGAAUCCCCAGCGUGAAGCGGGAGGUGCAUUCCUACCUCACUGACACCCUCAACUCCCUCAUCUCAGAGCUCACUCAGCAGGAGAAGGAGGACUCUGUCAUCGUCGUCCUCAUUGCUGAGACAGAUCCACAGUACACAGCCGGAGUGGCAGAAAAUAUCAAAACCUUAUUCCCCAAGGAAAUACACUCAGGUCUCCUGGAGGUAAUUUCCCCAUCUCCGCACUUCUAUCCUGAUUUCUCCCACCUACGAGAAUCCUUUGGGGACCCCAAGGAAAGAGUCAGGUGGAGGACAAAGCAGAACCUUGACUAUUGCUUUUUAAUGAUGUACGCCCAGUCCAAAGGCAUAUAUUACGUGCAGCUGGAGGAUGAUAUUGUGGCCAAACCAAACUAUCUCAGCACGAUGAAGAACUUCGCCUUGCAGCAGCCCUCCGAGGAGUGGAUGAUCCUGGAGUUUUCUCAGCUGGGGUUUAUCGGAAAAAUGUUCAAGUCUCUUGAUCUAAGCUUGAUCGUGGAGUUCAUCCUGAUGUUCUAUAAGGACAAACCCAUUGACUGGCUGCUGGACCACAUCCUUUGGGUGAAAGUCUGCAACCCCGAGAAAGACGCAAAACACUGCGACAGGCAGAAGGCAAACCUGAGGAUCCGCUUCAAGCCCUCGCUCUUCCAGCACGUGGGCACCCACUCCUCCUUGGCUGGGAAGAUACAGAAGCUGAAGGACAAGGACUUUGGCAAGCAGGCCCUGCGGAAGGAGCACGUCAACCCGCCCGCGGAGGUGAGCACCAGCCUGAAGACCUACCAGCACUUCACCCUGGAGAAGGCGUACCUGCGGGAGGACUUCUUCUGGGCCUUCACUCCCACCGCCGGAGACUUCAUCAGAUUCCGAUUCUUCAAACCGCUCCGCGUUGAAAGGUUCUUCUUCCGCAGCGGGAACAUCGAGCACCCAGAAGACAAACUCUUCAAUACGACUGUGGAGGUUUUGCCAUUUGACAGCCUGCAGUCGGACAAGGAAGCCUUGGAAGAGGGACGAGGCGCAGUCAAAUACCGCAGGACGCCGGAUGGCUACAUCCAGAUAGGCUCCUUCUCCAAGGGUGUCGCAGAGGGUGAGGUGGACCCGUCCUUUGGGCCACUGGAGGCCAUGAGGCUGUCCAUCCAGACCGACUCCCCAGUAUGGAUCAUCUUGAGCGAGAUUUUUAUCAAAAAAGCGGAGUGA